AUUUUGAAUUUACCUUCAUCACAGCCUCCUUGGAUUUGCCUCAAGCGUCUCUCUUUGCGCACAGCGCCCUGGCAGUACACAUCUAUGACCAAUCGAGACAUAUUCUGACUGGUGUAUGGGAAACAGAAACACGGAGCCAUCGCCACCUCUCUCCCCCCCACUCCCCAUCUUGACACACACACACACACACACACACACACACACACACACACACACACACACACACACACACACACACACACACACACACACACACACACACACACACACACACUCACGCACACACGUGCGCCUUCCCAUUGGUGAGAUUUGCGCACCCGACAGCGGAGCCGGUGUGUGCGCUCAGCCGGGCCGGGCGCGCGUCGUCUGGGAGGAGUAGGACGGGAUGGAGUCGUUUUUCACAGAGGGGGCCCGAGUUUGGGUCAGGGAGAAGGAGCAGCUGCUCCCAGCCACUGUCAACUCCUGUGGAGAUGGAACCCUGGUGGUCACAACGGACUAUGGAGAGGUGUUUUACCUGCAGCAGGCCGAGGUCACCAGGGAGCGGGUGUACGCGAUGCACCAGUCCAGUAUCGACGGGGUGGAGGACAUGUCAGCGCUGGCUGAGCUGCAUGAGGCUGCCAUCAUGCACAACCUCUACCAGCGUUACCAAAAGGACAACAUUUACACCAAUAUUGGAAGUAUCCUGGCUGCUGUCAACCCAUAUAAACAGAUCCCAGGCCUGUACGACCUGGACAGAGUGGACUUGUACUCCAAGCACCAUCUGGGAGAACUCCCGCCGCACAUUUUUGCCGUGGCCAAUGAAUGUUACCGCUGCAUCUGGAAACGCCACGACAGUCAGUGUGUCCUCAUAAGUGGUGAAUCGGGAGCGGGGAAGACGGAGAGCACCAAACUGCUGCUGCAGUUUCUGUCGGUGAUGAGCCAGAACUCAAUCGCUGCUCCUCAGUCGGAGAGAACCACGCACGUGGAGCAGGCCAUCGUUCAGAGCAGUCCUAUCAUGGAGGCUUUUGGGAACGCAAAGACUGUUUACAACAACAACUCCAGUCGCUUUGGGAAGUUCAUCCAGCUUCACUUCUCAGAGUGCGGCAACAUCCACGGAGGCUGCGUCAUCGACUAUUUACUGGAAAAGAAUCGUGUGGUACGACAAAACCCGGGAGAGAGAAACUACCACAUCUUCUAUGCUCUGCUGGCAGGAGCCAGUAAAGAGGAUAAAAGUCUGUAUUUCCUGGAGGAUCCUGCUGACUCUUUCCACUACCUCAGCCAAUCAGGAUGUCUGAAGGACAAGAGCCUGAAUGACAAAGAACUGUACAACAGUGUUAUGGAGGCACUGAAGGUUUUAGGGUUUACAGAGGAAGAAAUCAGAGACAUGUUCAAGCUGCUGUCGGGGGUCUUGCAGCUCGGCAACAUGGAGUUCAUGCUCGCAGGAGGGGCUCAGAUCACCACCAAGCAAGUGGUCAGUAACGCCAGUGAACUGCUGGGUCUGGACGCCUUCCAGCUCUCUGAAGUCCUGACUCAGCGAUCCAUAAUCCUCAGAGGAGAGGAAAUCUGUUCCCCUCUCACUAUUGAGCAGGCCAUUGAUUCCAGGGACUCUGUCGCGAUGGCGCUGUAUUCCCAGUGUUUCUCCUGGAUCAUCCUCAAGAUUAAUCAGAAGAUCAAGGGAAAAGAAAAUUUCAAAUCCAUUGGCAUCCUUGACAUCUUUGGCUUUGAAAACUUUGAGGUGAAUCGGUUCGAGCAGUUCAACAUCAAUUACGCCAACGAGAAGCUCCAGUCCUACUUCAACAAGCACAUCUUCUCCCUGGAGCAGCUGGAGUACAACAGGGAAGGAGUUCAGUGGGAUGCCAUCGACUGGAUGGACAACGCCGAGUGUCUCGACCUCAUAGAGAAGAAACUUGGCUUGUUGGCACUAGUGAACGAAGAGAGCCGAUUCCCCAAAGGAACAGACUUCACUCUGCUGGAGAAGUUGCACAGCAGACACUCUACAAACCCUUACUAUGUGAAGCCCAGGGUUGCAGAUCAUCAGUUUGGGAUCAAGCAUUAUGCCGGAGAGGUGCUGUACGACGUGAGAGGAAUCUUGGAGAAGAACAGAGACACGUUCAGGGACGACAUCCUGAACAUGCUCAAGGACAGCAGGUUGGACUUCAUCUACGACUUAUUUGAGAAGGUCGGCAGCAGAAACAACGAGGAGAAGAUGGGGACGGCCAGACGUAAGCCCACAGUGAGCUCCCAGUUCAGGGACUCCCUCCAUGCUCUCAUGGCCACACUUAGUGCAUCCAAUCCGUUCUUCAUUCGCUGCAUUAAGCCCAACAUGGAAAAGAAUCCGAACGUGUUUGACCCAGAAAUCGUCCUGAACCAGCUAAGAUAUUCAGGGAUGCUGGAGACGGUGAAGAUCCGUCGCGCUGGGUUCCCCGUUCGCAGGACGUUCAAAGACUUUUUCUCACGGUAUAAAAUCAUCAUAAAAGAUAAGGUGCCAGCAGCAGGGGAUGACAAGAAAAGAAGCACUGACCUCUUAACUAAAUAUGAUAAGACUAAGAAGGAGUGGCAGCUGGGAAAGACCAAGGUGUUCAUGAAGGAGUCUUUGGAGCAGCGUUUGGAGAAAGACCGGGAUGAAAUCCGGCGUCAAGCUGCCAUGAUUAUCCGAGCCCAUCUACUCACGUUUUCUGCAAAGAAGCAUUUCAAACAGGUUCGCUCCAGCAUCGUCGUUCUGCAGAAGCACCUGCGGAGGCACAUCCAACGCAGACAGUUUGUCAAGAAGCGCAAGGCGGCGCUGGUGCUGCAGAAGCACAGGCGAGGGCAGGUGGCCCGCACCCGCGUCCGAAAACUCAACGAGGACAAGAAGAAGACGGAGGAUGAGCAAAGGAAGAAGGAGGAGGAAGAGAAGAAGAAGACGGGUGGAGAGGAAAACGAAGAGGUUAAUGAAGACGAUAAGAAAGAUGAAGCUCGUCAAAUGGAGGAGAUCCUCCAGCUGGAGAGAGAGAUCGAGCGCCUGCAGAAGAAGCGAGAGGACGAGGUGUCGCAGCUGUGCGAGUCGUCCAAACAGGAGCUGCAGUUGCGUCGGGAUGCCGAGCUCAAGCGGAUGAAGAAGGAGGCAUCCCGGAAGGCAACGGAGCUCAUCGACCUCCUGAACUUCGGCGGUGUGGAUCCCUCUGUGGAAGCAGUCGGAGCCAAGCCUGUGGCGGCGGCCAAAUCCGCGAAAGGGGCGAGCACAGCCGGAGGGGCCUCCAAAGAGGAGGACGUGGACGAAGGCUUCCAUGCAGAGGAGGAAUGCAUCCCCCUGCCAGACUUCCCACCUCCCGCUGAGUCCGAUGCUCCCAUAGAUCAGGACAUAUUUGUUCAUCUGCCUCCUCCUCCACCUGCUUUUGCAGAGGGAACCGUGCCCCCCGUGGCUCCUCCACUUCCAGCGGACGGCGUCCCCGCCGCUGGAAUACCUCCACCUCCUCCGCUCCCUCCACCUGGAGACGGGGCUCCCGUUCCUCCUCCUCCACCGCCUCUUCCUCCUCCGGCAGAGGGAGAGAAAACCGAGGAGACAAAAACAGACUCGGAGAGGAAAGUGAGCAUGGAGGAGAGCCUGGUGGAUGGAGAGGAGCCCAUCUACAGCAUGCCGGCCGAUACAGAGUCGGACUACGACCAGGAAGACGAGGACGGGUCUGUCAAUGCCGGGGACGACAGCUCGGUGUCCGGAAGCAACCGUGGGAGCGCGGCCGUGACGGACGAGGAGCACCCGAGGAAGUCCACCUGCACCAACACCAGCGUGGAGUCCUACAGAGGCAGCUCUGACUCUUAUGCAGACAGUGACGAUGAACACGAUGGCAUGAUGGACACUGAUGAAGAGGUGACGAAUGGACGCGUGACUUUGCUCAACGGAAAUGGGCCACCAUAUUUCCAUGGCUACCUCUACAUGAAAGCUGGUCUGAUGAUCCCGUGGAAGCGGCGGUGGUGUGUGUUAAAAGACGAGACGUUCAUGUGGUUCCGGUCCAAGCAGGAAUCCUUGAAGUCCGGGUGGCUCUACAAGAAGGGAGGAGGACUGUCCACUCUUUCCCGGAGGUUAAACUGGAAGAUGCGCUGGUUCGUGCUGCGAGACAGCAAACUGAUGUACUACGAGAAUGACAGCGAGGAGAAGCUGAAGGGAACCAUCGACAUCAGGGCGGCCAAGGAGAUCGUGGACAAUCAUGAAAAAGAGAACGCUCUGAACAUCGUGACAGACGAGAGGACGUACCAAGUGUUUGCUGAGUCGCCAGAAGAUGCCAGUGGAUGGUUUAAUGUGCUUAGCAAGGUGAGAGUGUGCACUCCUGAACAGCUGCUGGACAUGUCCCACGAGCAGGCCAAUCCUAAAAAUGCUGUUGGAACUCUUGAUGUAGGGCUCAUCGACUCUGUUUGUGCAUCAGACAACCCCGAUCGCCCAAAUUCGUUUGUCAUCAUUACGGCAAACCGGGUGAUCCACUGCAACAGUGACACACCCGAGGAGAUGCAUCACUGGAUCAGUCUGCUGCAGAAACCCAAGGGAGAUGCCAGGAUAGAUGGACAGGAGUUCCUUGUCAGAGGUUGGCUCCACAAGGAGAUGAAGACGAACGCUAAGAGCACGUCCCUGAAGCUGAAGAAACGGUGGUUUGUUUUGACCCACAACUCUCUGGAUUACUACAAGAGCGCAGAGAAAAACUCAUCCAAGAUGGGGACUCUGGUCCUCAACUCGCUCUGCUCCGUCAUCCAGCCGGAUGAGCGGGUCCACAGGGAGACUGGCUACUGGAACAUCAUCGUGUACGGAAGAAAGCAUUGCUAUCGCCUAUAUACCAAAAUGCUGAACGAGGCCAUGAGAUGGACGGCUGCAAUCCUGGGAGUGAUCGAAAGCAAAACUCCCAUCGAAACCCCGACUCUGCAGCUCAUCAGAGAUAUCAAAGAGAACAGCGUGAAUUCAGAAAUAGUGGAGCAGAUGUACAGGAGGAACCCGAUCCUGAGAUACACACAGCAUCCGCUGCACUCGCCUCUGCUGCCGCUGCCUUACGGAGAGGUCACCAGCUUACAUCGGCAGCAGGGCUACGCUAGCCUGCAGGACGAGGCGGUGAGAGUUUUCAAUUCGCUGCAGGAGAUGGAGACGCUGGCAGACACGGUGCCCAUCAUUCAGGGCAUCCUGCAGACCUGCCAGGAUCUGCGCCCUCUCAGGGAUGAGGUUUAUUGUCAGGUGAUCAAGCAGACCAAUCAUGUGCCUCAACCAAACAGCCCAGCCAAUCUGGCACACUGGCACCUGCUCACCUGCAUGAGCUGCACCUUCUUGCCCAGUCGAGCCAUCCUCAGAUACCUCCGCUUCCACCUUAAAAGGGUGCGGGAGCGUUAUCCCGGCACCGAGAUCGAGCGCUAUGCCAGCUUCAUCGGAGAAUCGCUGAAGAAGACCAAGACUCGUGAGUUUGUUCCCUCUCAGGAGGAGAUCGCCGCCCUGCUGCUCAGGCAGGAGAUGAGCACCACUGUGUACUGCCACGGAGGAGGCUCCUGCAAGAUCUCCAUUAACUCGCACACCACAGCUGGAGAGGUUGUUGAGAAGCUCAUCAGAGGUCUGGCCAUGGAGGACAGUAAGAACCUGUUUUCUCUAUUCGAACACAACACUUUCACAGACAGAGCGCUGGAGAGCAGAGUGAUUGUGGCGGACGUUCUGGCCAAGUUUGAGAGACUGGCAGGCAGUGAAGAGGAUGAGGAAGAGGGAGAGUGGAAGCUGUACUUCAAGCUGUACUGCUUCCUGGAUGUAGAGAGCAUGCCCAAGGAGGGAGUGGAGUUUGCAUUCAUGUUUGAACAGGCACAUGAAUCUUUAAUUAGCGGCCACUUUCCUGCCUCGGAGGAGACUUUGCAGCACCUGGCGGCUUUACGUCUCCAGUAUCUCCAUGGCGAUGGGGCGGGUCGGGCUGGAUGGAGCCUGGGAAGCGUCUAUCCGAUCGGACGCCUUCGGAAUCGCAUUUUGCAGUCCACCAAACCGGGCGUGGGAGCGGCAGGCGGAGCCGGGUCGAGAGGCAGCGGAGGAAUCGGAGACGUGAUUGGGACCAUCGGAGGACAGGGCGGGACCGGGGCCAGCACGGAGAAACGCAAGACUCCCACCUUCAGGGAUUCCUCCCUUAGGAAAAGCAAAACGGGUUCACUGAAGAAGCAGAAGGUGGAAGGGGAGCAGAGGCUGGAGAUGUGGGUGAAAGAGGAGACAUCUGCGACGCGCACCAGCAUCCUGGAGAAGUGGGCCCGUCUGCAGGGCAUGCCACAGCACCAGGCCAUGCUCAAGUACAUGAGCAUCAUCAAGGAGUGGCCCGGAUAUGGCUCCACUCUCUUCGACGUGGAGUGUAAAGAAGGCGGGUUCCCUCAUGACCUGUGGCUGGGUGUGAGCGCAGACAAUGUUUCAGUGUAUAAGCGAGGUGAACCGAAACCACUGGAGACGUUCCAGUAUGAGCACAUAACCUUCUUUGGAGCUUCACAGCCCUGCACCUACAAGAUCAUCGUGGAUGAGAGGGAGAUGUACUUCGAGACUCCACAGGUUGGAGAGAUCACCAAGAUCAUGAAGGCGUACAUCAACAUGAUGGUGAAGAAGCGUUGCAGCAUCAUGUCCGUGACCAGCGUGGCCAGUUCCUGGGCCAGGUGAUCACCACGCCACUCCUCGGUUUGUCCAUCCAUCCAUCCAGCAGCAGCGGGCUCCCUCUAUUGGCCUCCUUUUAGUGUUUGGGUAUAGACGAAGGCAGUUGCAGGAGCCAGCUAAUCCAACAGGCUGAGACAUGGAAAAUGAAGCCUGAGUCCUACUUGAGAUUAAAACGAGCAUGGCAGACAAAAUAACCAGUGGUUUUGGACUUUCACCUAAAGCAUACACCAACCCCAGCUGUAAUAAUGCAUGUAGAUGUUCAAGCACAUCACACACUGCUCUGUUGUUCCCUUUUCAGGCAAAAAAAGAAAACGAACAAUAACAAGCACAAAUUAGCCACCCAGUUUUCUCUGCGCACUGCCAGACAAGACGUAAACCACACCCAUUCUUUCUUUGACCCUCAUUCCUCCGAUUUUUAAUCUCUCUCUCUUUCUCUUUAUGUUUCUUUAUUCUUAUGGCAUCUUUUUUCUGUUGCCAUUAAGUUCUACGGUUUUACUCUUCUUCUUCUUCUUCUUGCUUGCUUUUUUGGUGUCGUUUCCAGUCGUUUAUCUUUAACGUCAGCAGUGUUACCAGUGAGUGAAAGAACCGAAAAAAAUGAAUAUUCUUCUGGGCGUCCCACGCCUCCCUGUCCCACAUUGUGUCCUCGCGCUGCUCACUCGUUACUGCCACCAUGUGGCCACGAGGAAAACGCAGCAACAGGAAGUGUUUGUGAGUGUCAUGAAAAGAUUCAAGGUGGUUCUGUGGAAGCUCACCUGACGUUAGGAGUCAGUGCAGAGUUUAUGUACAUUUGCCUCCGCAAAAAGACUUAUGUGAAGAUAUAACACAGCCUGCAUAGACCUGUAUAGUCACAACUAUGUACACAUAAAUGAAACAAAUGUAUCAUUUUGUAUGGAUCACAGACUUACUGCAAGGUGGAUUUGAUUUUCCUUUUGGUGGCUACUGUACUGUAAAGCCUAGUGAUGCCAUGCCUAACACAAUGUGAUGCCUGUCAUGUAAAAUACAUGCAGAAAAAUUAUCGUUAAGAAUGACCACUGUAUGUCUGUGGACUAUGAUGCCUGUGAUGUGCACCAUUCACUGGCUGUGACUUACUGAAAAGUAAAAAUGAGCAGAAGCGCGGGCCAUGCUGCGUCUGGCUGCUAUCCAGGUUCAUGUC